AUUGUCUGGCCGGGCUUCAUCCUGAUUGUCAUGUGAUUAGAUCAACCGCUCCGAUUUUUAAAGGGGUAAAACGGUUUGGAAAUUGGCGGAACUUCAUCAUUUGACUGAUCACAUUAAGAGAUCUAUUAUAUCUGCUGACAAAAAAGUCUUUCAGAGGAACAAUUGGGUGUUUAUGAUUUUUAAAUCUAAUGGUGGUAAGAGGUGCAAAGAGCGUUCACAUCUUUCUGCUAGCUAUUGACGGAGCUCUAAUUUACUCUUCCAUUCUCAACACUCGAUUUGUGACACUCCAUUUAAAGAUUUCUAAAGGAAUUUGGUGCACUAUUUUCUAAUCUAAGAAUAAAUUAUCUUUCCUUUAAGUAUGCAGAGGUAUGAUUUAAACAAGACCAUGCAAGGCUGCAUGCAUGGAUAUAAGCCUUGAACUGGUAAUUGCAGAAUUAUUAUCAGGAAUUUUAGUGGUGGGGGCACACUUUUGCCACAAAUUUACACAUAUAUAUAUAUAUAUAUAUAUAUAUAGAUAUAGAUGAAAACUCCAGAUUUGGCACCCAAGAUGGCUGAGUAUUUUGGCAAAUACCUGACUUUCAUAUAUGGGCCCCACUGCCUUCUGUAAUAUUACAUGUUUAAAUAUAAUGUUAACUGAAGAAAGAUGAAUAUUAGCUUAAACAUAUAAUGAUGCAUUAGAUGUUCUGUUAGAGGAAGAGUGCAUUACUCUUUUACAUGUGUAUUCCCCACCCAAACCACAACAUCAGACUUCUGUGUAUGUCUAACUAGAUAAUUGCAUUAAGAAAAUGGAUUCACAGUCUACUAUGUUUAUAUAGUUCAUGAGGAAAGUCCAUUUAGUUCGGUCAUUGUUUUGGAAAGUAUCCCAACAUACAACUCUCAAUGAUAAAACCGUGGCUCAGUAUUUUCACUUUUAUAGUUGAUCUCGCAUACAUGACAUUUUUCUUUGAAAUGUUUUUUGACUAUACACUAUAAUAUCACCAGUGUACAUUUUCAUUUGCAAACAGUAUCAUAUUAUGCAGAAAGUGUGAAACGCGAAAGCUGACAACAUUAAAUCACUUGUUUUGUCACGAGACCCGGAUCAUGCCAUGAGGUCUUAUUUGGCAAUGCAAGGAAUUGACGGAAUUUUAUUAUUGUUGGGCAAAGAAGCAGGGAAAUUUUGGUUGCCACGAUAAAACUGUCAGGUUGCAGAUUAUUAAUAUCAUACUUUAUGUAGCCGUUCACGUGAGCCUUUAUAUCUGAUUCAAGAAUUCCUUGUAAAGCUUUACAUUGCCACAAUGGCACAAUGUAAUUUCCUCGCAAACCACAUAAGCACGCCAUGAUUGGGUUGUAAAGAGGCCCUGAUUAAAAUGUACAGGUAUAUCUAGAUAAAAUGAUUUGAUAAGUCUCAAAUUGGUUUUUUUAUUUCAUUGACAUGGAAGAAUAGAGAUUUUGUAGCACUGGCAUGAGAAAAUGUAGACCUCUUGCCCCAAGAGUGGGACCCUUCUACAGGAUAGGACUGGAAGCUGUAAUUGUGUUGGAAAGAUAGGAGAUAGCUCCAAAUAAAAGUGUAUGCGUGUGAAGCACAAAUCGAAAGAAAACAUUGCUUGGAUGAAUAUCACUUUGUUUUAAAAGAAUACAUUGACUGAAGACUGGAUAUAUGUGAUAUUAGAGUGAGAGAGACAGGAAAUUAGAGAGGACUGGACAGAGAUUAUUAGCUUGUUUACACUCAGACAAUCUCCCUCUGUGAAGGAUUUCUAUGAAUUAGUUCUGCGACAGAAUUAUAUCAACCUUUGUUUUUAGUGGACUAUCAUGUGAGAACUGGGAUUUUGGACCUCACGAAGAGAGUGUUGAAAGUUAAUCUAAAGAAGGAUGAGGGACCUGUCUCUGGAAUGCUGAAUUUAAGAUCAGAAGAGAAACUGCCAGCACAAAUGAGAAAGCCAGUUAAAGCAGAGAUGAAGGAAUUAAUUUCUGUCCUUCUUGGAACUUUGCUCCUGUACAUUCCAAUGUCUGAUUGUGUUCAGGAAUUUGAGCAGCGCCCGGUGAACACCAGCGUGACAGAGGGUCAGAACGUCAUGCUCCAGUGCUCGGUCCGAGAUUUGGCUGGGAUGCUUCAGUGGUCCAAAGGAGGAAUUAUGCUCGGCUUAGGUCCCAGCCUUCCUGGUUUUGCUAGAUAUUCCAUUGUCAGUAACACUCCCUCACAAUAUAACCUACUGAUAGAGAACACCAGGCUUCUGGACGAUUCUUACUACGAGUGUCAAGCCUCCCCCGCCUCUGGGAAUCCACCCCUGAAAGCUGGGGCCUACCUCACAGUGCAAGUUCCACCUGAGCAACCAGAGAUUCUAGGGUAUGCCAAUGCCAGUACAAUUGCCCUUAGUCCUGAUGAGAAUCAGUUGAUAAUGAGUUGUGAAGUACGUAGGGGUCAUCCAGCAGCAACCAUUGAGUGGUUCAGGAAUGGUAACUUGGUGACAGAAAAUGUCCGCUACUCCACGGAACCGGUGAUUACUGGGAGUAAGCUGAUGACCGCCAGGAGUACCAUGACCAUUACAAACAUUGCUGACCACCACAACUCUAUCUACAUGUGUAGGGCCAAGAAUGACGCUCUAGGAAAUAACUGGAUGCAAACCUUUGUCAAACUCAAUGUUCUGUCUCCUCCAGGAAAACCAGAAAUCACUGGCUAUUCCUCUGGUCAGGUGAUUCGCGAGGGUGACACCCUAAGACUGCUGUGUGUGUCAAAAGGAGGUAAUCCAUUACCUCAGGUGAAGUGGUACAGGAAUGGAGUACAGAAGGACAUCUCUUACACCACUGACUCAGCUGAUGCCCAGUCCCUGAACGAGUAUCUGUUCCCCGUCCGGCGGGAGGACAAUGGGGCGGUCUAUAGGUGUGAGGCCUCGAACACAGCCAGCCUAUCGCCACUCACGACAGAGGUCACCCUCAAUGUCUACUUUCCGCCACGGACUGCCACUAUCACAGGAGGCAGUACGGAAGUGAAGGCUGGUCAACAAGUGACCUUGACCUGCGAGUCAUCCCUCAGUAACCCCAAGGCUGUUAUGACCUGGUACAGCAGAGGGAAGAUCAUCACGGCCAACAGUGACCCUGUGUACACCCCGGGUAGUAAUGGAGGAUUCACGACUCGAUCGUCUGUAACCGUGACGAUGUCUGAACAGGAAGAUAAUGCUGCCUACAUUUGUAACGCUGUCAGUGAUAACAGAGCACCUGUAGCCACGGCAAAUGUCACUAUCAGUGUCCUGUAUCCCCCAGGUGCCCCGACCAUUGAGGGAUACAGUGAGAGCAGUCAUGUGACAGAGGACAGGCCUGCAAGGAUGACCUGUAAAUCUGUAGGGGGAAAUCCCACUGCCACACUCAAGUGGUUCAAAGGUAAUCAGCCCCUGAUAUCAGUGUCCAGUACCAGUGGUAACAUGGUAACCUCAGAGUUGUCCUUCCUGCCUACUCCAGGGGACAACAACGCCAUCUACAAAUGUGAAGCCUCCAACUUGGCGACCAGUUCUCCAUUAACAGCGCUCGUCAAACUCACCGUCUACUUUGCCCCUAAGGGAGUGAAUGUUUCGAUGAACCCCUCCCAGCCCGUGUCCGGACAGCCUCUCCGUCUCACUUGUGCAUCCGAGUCCAGCAACCCUCCAGCUACCAUUGUCUGGAUUAAAAACCACGAUCAAACGAGAGAGCUGCGAGGUGUCACAGAGGGAACCGCACCAGCGUCAAAUGGAGGUUCUACCACCACUAAUUACCUGGACAUCGUGCCGUCUUCCCGCGAUCACAACGUCACCUACUACUGCAAGGCCAAGAACGAGUACAUCAACAAAUCGACGAGUGACGGACUUCGCAUCAGUAUUCAGUUUGGUCCAGUAUUCCAACCCUCCGUCUCUCAGAUUGGAAUGAUAGAGGGAGAAUCACGGACGCUGGACAUGGAAGCCAUCGCUAACCCGACCACCAUCACUUACACGCUGUACAAAAGAACACAGCAGUCCAACAGCUUCACUCCUAACAAUGGAAAGCUGGUGAUCAGUAACGUUCAGAGAGGCCAGGCUGGGAACUACUCCCUGAAGGCCACCAACUCCAUAGGCAGUGCUUACCACCACUUUCAGGUCAAGGUCAAAUUCCCAGCAGAGAUCAUUCGAUUCCAAGAGACAGUGUAUGCUAUUGAGGGAGAAUCGGCAUCAAUAAUUUGUGGAGUGAAUGGGAACCCAUCAGUGGACAACAUGGCUUCUUGGUCAAGACCAGGAUUCGACAUGUCCAAAACCAAGCAAGUGUACAAAAACAGUGAGAGCCAGAUCAUUAUAUAUGAUCUAGAGAGAACGGACUCAGGGAAGUUUAAAUGUACAGCUGAUAAUCAGGUGGGAGAACCACAGAGCAAGGAAGCCAACGUGGUUGUAAAAUAUUUUGGUAACAUUGACAAGUCCCGACAGUAUGCCAAGGCAGGAGGAAAGCAUGGGGACACAGUAAUUCUGAUUUGUAAGGCUGAGGGGACACCGGAGAUGCAGUUUACCUGGCUGAAGGAGGGCACUGAGAUCCAAAGGGACGGAAAGUUUGGGAUCAGUUCUACAACAGCAACCACCAUCUUUGACACAAAGUUUAAGAGUGAACUGACAGUGAGAAGUAUUGCUAAGGCAGACUAUGGAACCUACACCUGCAAGGCCAGGAAUGACAGGGGCCAGGACCAGUUUAAUAUUCAUCUCAAUGGAACCAGUAAACCGGACCCUCCCUAUAAUUUGACUUUUGUGAACUCGACUCGGAACAGUCUCACAUUUUCAUGGAAGCCUGGUUUUAAUGGAGGACUUGACCAGGAAUUUCGAAUUCAAUAUCAGAGGAAAGGUUCCAAGUCGGUGACCACCAAAAGCAUUGAUGUGGACAAAAGUGUUGACAAAAUUGUCCUUACAAUCAAAGGAUUGGAGUUCGGACAUGAAUAUCUGAUUGAUGUGUUGGCCAUUAAUGAGUUAGGGGAAACAUGGGAUGAACAGCAGUUUUCUGCCAGAACUGCAGUGUCAGGUGGAGGUGGCCAUGGGGACUCCUCAGCCACGCCCGCCACAAGACAGAGUGGGGAUGACACCCCAGUGAUGAUCAUUCUAGUGGUGUGUAUCGUCGGAAUCUGCCUCCUCGCUCUCAACAUUGCUCUCAUCUUCUUCUUUGUCCGCCGGAGAAGGAAGAGAAUGGGUCACGGUGGCACAAGUAACCACACAAAUGCCUUAGAAUUGUAUGCCCCAGGUAAAGAAAACAGCUAUCCCAUGUACCCCAAGACGCCUUCAGAUGAGUGUCACAGUUACGGAACCUACGAGAAAAAUAUGGAUGACCUUUCUGAUGAUUUCAGGAACUAUGAGCAUAUUGACCAAAAAAGCACAAGUACCCAUAGCUCCAAUAUACAAUGCAACUGUUAUACCGUGCGGUUGAGUUCUCGAGUUAAUAGGGGGAGCUGCUGUCUGCCUCCAGAAUCUUCAGGGUCAUCUGGGGAUGAAGAUGUUAAGAGAGUGUUCCUACCUCCUCCAGCCUACAGCAGCCAUCCAUACACCCCAAACAAACUUGAUUCACCUCAUCUCAGCACCCAUAAAGCCUACCUAUCAGACUCGCACUCAUACAUAGAUGAUGACCGAGAGGGACAUUGGCAGUAUGAAGAUCCUUAUAAGAUGAAAGGAAGAAAGGGGACAUUUGAUCCUCAAUAUGAGAGGGGGUCACAAACUGUCAUUAAUGAUGACAGGUAUUAUGAUGAAACAAGACCCAAGCAGAGUAUCACAGAUCUGUCGGAACGUUCUAGUCGUCCUCCGAGUCGGAAUGUGAAUUACAGGACAACGCCCCCUCCACCCCCUGUACGCUCCACCAGUAAGGGAGCAGCCAUUAAUUACAUGAAUCACACAGCACCGCCACUGCCAGACAGAAAUUACGAUGCUGAUGAAAUUCAGCAUUUCAAUCCACGGUACACCCCAUCUCCAGGUUCCAUUGCAUCAUUUUCAAAUAACCCCAAUGUGAUUACAAAUCCAAAUUAUGAUGGACCUAUGAUGCGUGCAUCACGAACGGACAUUGUGCCUGAUGACAUGCGAGGGCAUCUAGUGUGAUACACGACACUUGAUCCAGAAUUCCAGUAUUAUGUGAUAGUGAGAUAAAUUGAUUGCAGCUACAAGAAAACAAGUUCACAAGACAAAUAGAAGUAUGUGGACUUGAGUGUUAACAAGGAAUCUCAAGUCAGCCUGAGAACUUGCGUGCAGGGGAUGCAACCCUGUAAGUCACAGAUUGGUCUUGAAGAGAAUGGCUUCCUUUGUUGUUGUUUGAUUAUAUGUAUGAACUGUGCAAUAUGGAGAAAUGAUGAAUCCAUGAAGUAACAUGGAGAAGAACAUUCCUGACUUGUGUAUCCGCUGUUUCUGUGAGGUUUCAUUAUUGCUGCUAUAAACGAUCUUCAUCUGCUUUGUGAUACAUGUGUAUACCAGGUGUGAAAGACAAGCUUAGUAUUUACUCGUUAAGCAUGCACAUAUUCCCCAUUAAUAGUACUGAGAAGGUAGAUAUCUUCAUAUGCAUAAGAAAUGCAUAUCAAUUAUCAUUUGAAGUCAUAUGUGAUUUUGGUUGUGAGAUAAUGACAAAGUGAAAGUAAGGUAAUGACAAAGUGAAAGUUAGAAUUGUUACAGGUCUGUAUAGUUUCAGUAUCGGUUUAUGAAACUGAUUAAGUGAAAAUAAGAGAUUUAUACUGUAGUAGGUGUGUGUAACAGAACUUGUACCACUCCACAAUGGAGGAAACAAGAUCUUUCUGUGUGACUUGCCAAAGAAAUAUUGAGUUCUUGUUUUAUGCACAUUUUGUUUGUUUAUUGGGAAGUCAGCUGUGCUGGCAAUUUAAGAACAGGUUUAAUUUACAAAGAAGAGGGCAUAAAAAUAUUCCAGAGAUUAUUCAAUGUUACACAACGAAAAAUAGGUCACAAAACUCUUUUAGACACUGUUAGAAGAUUGUUGAUUUAUAACAAUGAGAAAUACUCAUUUUUGAGUUGUGCUGAAUGAAUUUUACAGUUUUAAAUAGUUCCUUUAUUUAUAUGUUUAUUUUCUGUUGUUCUGAAUAUUGGUAUUGAUGUCUGAGGAUUACGUCUUUUCAAAAUAAAUGAUAUUACUGACACAAAGUGUCAGGUAAUCAAAAUGUGCUACCAUUUACGAGAAGUGUAAGGGCAGAGAAUAAAAGUUUAAACAGAA